UCACUUAUGUCAUGAUUUGACCUCGUUUUAUUUCCGAACUCCCAGUUGUCUUGAAUGCGCCAGAGACGACUGUUGCUAAGGACGCAUUUCCCAAGCAAGAUGGCUACUGACAAAAAACAAAUAAGAAAUUCUCGCUACUAUGUCGGAGAAGUUAAACAUCUUACCCGGAAUGGGUUUGGCGUGUAUGUGUAUCCAAACAGCUUUUUUCGCUAUGAGGGAGAGUGGAGUAAGGGCGAAAAACAUGGGCAUGGAAAACUCUUCAUGAAAGAUGGAAGUUACUACGAAGGAGAGUUUGCCCAUGGGGAAAUAGAGGGGAACGGGUCAAGGUUCUGGGCAAAAACAGGUGUAUCCUAUUCUGGCCAGUUCAGUGGAGGGGAGCUUCAUGGCUGUGGUGUGAUGCAGAAAGGCAAUGGAGAGCGAUACGAGGGAGAGUUUUCCUACGGACUCCGAGAUGGCAAUGGGUUUCUGGUGGAUAAGGAUGGACAAACAUACGAGGGAUCGUUUCAUCAAAACAAGAGGCAUGGUGAAGGACAAAUGCACUACAGGAAUGGAGAUCAAUAUGAAGGAGGUUGGCUUCUGGACCAACGACAAGGCCACGGAGUGAUGCGCUUUGGGGAUGGAUCAGUGUACGAGGGCCAAUGGCGUAAUAACCUCUUCAAUGGCCAGGGGACCAUGAUCCACUGUUCUGGGAUUAUCUAUGAAGGGGUGUGGACGAACGGCAGACCGCUAGGUGGCGCGUCGAAAAUUGUGAUAGAGGGAGGAGAUGUCUUGGAGGUCUUCCAAGAGUCUCCAUUUUGCGUGGAAGUGCAACUGCAGACGGAGGCGGGAGAGAAGACAACGGGUGAAAACGGCAGAGUUUUACAAAUAUCAACUGCUAUCAGACUCUGUGAUCUCUCCCCUUCGACAACUCCAGCGAGCCUGUUGAAGAUGAUGGAAGACAUCAAGGAAACCCCCAUCCCCACACCGUUUGGCUUUCAGGUUGUCAGCUACCCUUUGAUGGAGAGAGCCUUUGAAAGCCAGGACUCCAUAGGCACUGCAGCCCCCCUAGCCGUGGCUGCGGUGGCGGCUAAAUCAGGCUCAGCGCAGGCUGACUCGCCACUGCUUCCCGAGGGCGAGUGGGAGUCUGGAAGCGGAUCAGACGGGCGGCCACUCGGGGGGGGCACCCCCAGCUACCUGGAUGGACUCUUUGCUGGACAAGAGGAGGACUCCACCCCUCCUCCAGCCAAUCAGAGGGUGGAAGAAGGCCAAGCAAAAUUCCAAGAUCUACUGUUGGCCCCUCCCCCUCAUGACUUCAUCCCUUAUCAGCUGAUGGCUGAGUUGGAGAAGAGAAACGUCAAGAAGCCGUCCAACAGAGCACCAACUGAUAGACCGGGCCUCUCCCAGGACAAGAACUCAGAGAGCAGGUCAAGCAUGGGGUCUUGUUUUACCAGCAACAUAAAGAAAAGCUCCAUGAACAGCAGGAGUGUGAGGCCAGGUGAAUAUGUGAUUAUGGUGAAAGAUGUAACCAACCCACCAUUUCAAGGCCAGACCUUACCCCCAGCGUUUGCCCUGCUGCGAGUGUUUCCUGCCAAGACCAAAACUAAAAACAGCCAGACGGACAAAACCAAGAGUAAGUGACGUCCUUCUCAACACGACAGAGACUUUCAUAGAAGACUUCAGGAGAGAAGCAUGACACGACCUUCAGCACUCAAAACCUCUCAAUAAACUCCUCCUGUUUGUUCUAGCAUCAA